UGAAAUUCAAUUUGGUCAUCAUGAGCACUAAACACUUGCAACAUUUUCUUGAAAGCGGCUCUGUCGAGGGAUCUAAUGUCUCUGUUGAUUUGGUCAGGCUUGCCAGGCGUCACGUUCAAACCACCAAACCUAAAAAGAAUCAAAAAUUCACUCUUGUUGUGGAUGGAGAAUGUUGCAUGGAUCGUCUCUAUGGAGGAUUUUAUUCGGAUUGGGCUUGUGGUGGUCAAUGGAACAGAAUGGUAAAUUACUUAACUCAGCUGGCCGAGAACAUGGCUAAAGUGGAUGUCGAACUUACUUUCUUCCUCAAUGGAUGCGUAGAAUCCCAUCGCAUUCGCGACUGGGUCAAUCAACAGCUCCAGUCACGGCAAAACAUUGACUCAGUACUGAAGCAUGUUCAAUCCAAAGGAACUCCUCCUCCCAAAGUGUGGUGGCAGCCACCGAUUGGUCUGCAGUCUGCCCUUCGCAUCAUUGUCAUGCAUCAAAUCAAAGUGAAUGUCAUUUGUACGUUGGAAGACCAUAAACAAGAAGUUAUUGCCUACUGUCAUGAAAACAAUGUACAAGGUCUAAUUGCUGAUGAUGGUGAAUAUACUGCCUUCAAUUACAAUCGUUACUUCUCUGCCAAGCAACUGAAGUUAACCUACAAGGGUUCCUUAGAAACAAAGGAAUACAUUAUUCCUGAGCUGUUGAAAGAAUUGAAUAUCACUGCUGAUAAACUAUGUGUCAUCGCAGCUCUCCUAGGCAACCAUAUUCUGGCCAGUAAUCAGCUCACAGACAUUUACAAGCAGGCAGGCAUUGCAGGAUCUGUCGACAAGGUCUCUGGUGACGAAUUUGUCAAGAAACUCGCCGCUUAUGUCAAAGAUUUUCCUGUCGCAACAGCAGAAAAUCUUGGCUCGAUCGUUGAGCAAAUUCUUGGCUCUGCUACCGAUGCCAGGUUUGAAAAAUUGAAAUCUAGCAUUCAGCAUUAUAUCAAUGGGACGAAGGAAGGAUUCCAGAAGUUAAAACCUGAUAAACGGCGUUCGAAAGCCAAGAAAAAUGUUGAAUCAAAAUCAGGCAAUUUGGAUGCUGCAAAUGAUUUUACGCAAGACGCUGACUUAGAUACUUCCAAAUUGGCGUCCGAGAGCAACACCACUGAAAUUCUCACUUUCUCUGUCAAUGAAGCCAAUUUAACACUGAACUCUGGAAAUCCGGAUAUUGUAAUUGAUGAGGCUUUAAAUGAAAAUGGUGCUGAUGUUGCUGAAAAGAUCGUAAACGGUCAAAAUGGCACCGUUGGUGUAGGAUCUAGUAGUUCCAGUUCCUCUGGUGCUCCAACCUCAGCUGUCGAAAAUGUCAAGUCUGAACCCGAAAGCAAGUCAAGCAAGAAACAACCACCUCAACUGCCAGCAGCCUCUGCAGAAGUCAUGCGAACUGUCAUUGAACGGCACAGCAAAGGCCUAAUGUCACCUGCCCUCUAUCAGAUUCUUAAUUUUGGUGAAUUGAAAUUGCCUGCUGUGAUGGAGGAUGAGUACAGUCAUGAGCUGUUCAUGAACAGUCCAUUGACAAUCCACCAUUUCUACAGACCCUGCCGUCAGAUGGUUUAUGCUAUCCUCUUCAAUCUGCACCAUCACUCAUUCAUGGUUGCCAAGUACAAAACUGGAACCAGGCCUGAUGUCAGAAUCAAGGAAUGGAUUUGGUCUGUGAAGAAUCCCCUAAAAGAACCAGAAAUUGUGAAAGCUGUCAGAGUCGGCUGGGGCGUUCCGACAGUUAAAAGAUUGUGGUUUGGUACAACAAUUGAUGACAGAAGACGGCGUCUCCGAGCUUUCCUUACGUGCAUGCGAUCUGACAAUCCUUUAAUGCUCAAUCCUGAUCAUGUUCCUCAACACUUGCUCAUCAUCUCCUCUGUUCUAAGAUACAUCGUGUCAAGUAAAGAUAAUCCUCUUCGCAAACAGGAAUUGGAUGCUUUCCUAGUAACCGCUAUUGAUCCCAAACUGACCAAUGUCGAAUACACUCAAAAUCUCCAGAUCAAUCCGGUAACAAGCAGAGGAAUUCAGUUGGCAGCCCUCCUGAUGCAAGGUAUUGAAACUGCCCUAUUGGUGAAUGAUGCUUGCGGGGCGCCAGUACCAUGGUUGAUGAGCUGCCCAUGGCUCUAUUUCGACGGAAAACUAUUCCAGUAUCAGUUAGCCAGAGCAAAUGUCGCCAAGAACUUACUGGAACUUUGUGAUCACAAAACACACACGCUUAUGUUGGUAGAACGCAUGAAACAUGCCAUCUUGGAUGGCUUGAAUGUUCAGUUCGCAAGACCCAUGCCUAUGGUUCCUACAGAUCCCCGUGCUUUCCUAGCGCCAGCCGGCUUCAUGCCUAGUGGAAUGCCUGUUGCUCCUCCGAUUGGUGGCAGAUCUGGCUACGGCGGAGGAAGGUUUAACAAUCGAGGAAUGGGUCGCCGUGCUGUCGCUGGCCCUGGUGCUAAAUUAGAAAUAGCUGGUGUUGUUGUUGGCAGUUGGAGUGGAAACUACGGGUAUGGAAUGUCACGGGGAGUGGUUGUACGACCUCAGGUGUCGUCUGUUGGAGGUAAUUCUUCUUAUGGACCAAAUGGUUACAUGCGAGGUCGACCUUCUUACAGUAUUAGAGGAAACAAAUCCAUCGGAAAAGGAAGAGGCUCACGUGGCUAUCAGGCAAAUUUCAACAAGAGGAAAGUAGUUGUUAAAAAAGAGAAGAAGUCUCCCAAAGGCCGAGGCAUGACAGUCACCCUUGACUCCGGCGACCCUUGCUUAGCAUCAGACUUCCUCAACAAGACAAAAAAUUUGAGCCUGGAUGAUGACAACAGCAAAGAAUCCUCCGGGUUGCAUAAUGUACUGGGCGACGAGGCGAACGUCAGUCUUUCAGAAAUGAUGAAUGGAGGAGGAGAUUCCAACCCUAAAAUUGGCCAGUUUGAGGAUCUAAAACGUGACAUUUUUGGAGAUGGACAAGGGUUGAAAAUCGUUCUUUCACCCUCCCAUGCAGCUGCCCUAGCUCAAGACUUGUAAAUAUUUUAGAUUUUCUGAAAGUCUAAAAUCACAGAUGCCUAAGGACGCUUUUUAUAUCUUUUUUUACGAAUCAAUGCCAGCUCUCCGGGUGCAAAUUAGUGUUUCCUAGUUUGUACACAUGUGUAUUUAUCUAUUUGUACAGUUGUACAGAAUUAUUUAUAUUCGUCGAACAGUGUAUUAUUAUGAAAGUGGAAAGGACUGUUGAUUUUUGUCUUUUUUUUAAUUUAUUUUUUUUUUCUUUCUAUUGUUUUUGUUCUUAUUGAUCGACACGAUCUCUGCGCUGGACGUUUAACGAAGCCUCAGUGACUGUUGUGAUACAAAGACUGAUUAUAUUAAUUCCCGAUUAAGCAUCGGCUGAAAGUGAUAUUAGUGUUAAAUUAUUUAAUUAAUCGGUUGAGUAAAUUAAACCAUUGAAUUUAUUUGAUUUUUCUUGUUAGUGCGUUAAAUAACUAAGUUAUUAACUGAUCGACUUCAAUGAUAUCAUGUUAAGUUUGAUCUUGACACAAAGUGAUAAUGCUCAGUUUGAUGAAAGAGUCAGUGUCCGGUAUUUCAUCUUCCAAUCUUUUUCCACUAUUUUUCUUCUCAUUUUUUUUCUCUUUUUUUUUGUAAUUUUUUUUUUUUUCGGUAUUGACACACGUGUGUCAUUACAGCUUGUGUUUCUUCGGUUUAAUUGCAACUCCGAUUCUAUUAUGCAACCAAGCUACAACUUUUAAUUACAAACCGUGCUGCAAGAAAGCAGGCAAUCACUCAUUUACUUCGGCCUCUGUUUGCAAGUGGAAAGUUUCAUCGUGAUCGCAAACAAGCUGAUAUUUUACACUGCAUCAGCCAGUGACCUCAACUAAAUACUUCAAGGGAUCCUGGAAACCUGAUUUACUGAUAGAUUAUGCUCAAGGAAUCUUCGGCACACCAUGCUCCGGGUAUUCAUCUCACCGAUGUCAGGAGAAACUUCUCUUAGAAAGUAAUUGAGAAGGAUGACAUACCUGUCAUGGAUCAUCAACGUGUGACCAGUAAUAUUGUAUCCUAAUUUUGUUUUAUCUAACACUUACCCAUUUUUGACCCUGUAUUUUAUGAAUCAUUCUUGCACACUGUUAAAAUUUUAACAUACUUUCGAAUCCCUACCAGCAUGCUCAGUGGAACUGAUAAUGAAUUUUCCCAGCACUAAUUACUAGGACUCAUUCUGAAAGACGGGCCAAAAACCCUGCGAGACAGACCUUGUCUACGGUGUUGAAAAUUGAGACCAUUACUGUGCUAAGCUAAUGUUUCCUAUUAAAAAAAGCCAUCUUUUGUUUUAAAAAAAGUAUGAGAGUAAAGGAGAACAUACUUUAGGGUGAAAUAAAUAAUUCUUUUGCUACUUAAUCAGACAAAUCAAUUGGUAGUAGUAGUUGUGUCUUUGAUCUUAAUAAAUAUACUUUUUUUUAAUUGUUUAUUUAAAACAUUCUUAACACAUUUAUCCUGUUGAAAGAAUAAGCAGUUAAGAACAUUUAGUGAUUGGUAAUUAGUGACCAUUGAUCAAUCUGAUAAAAGAACAGAAAAUUUGUCCGUCGAAACUAGCUCUGCCUCAUUAAUUUGAAAGACACACCUAUUUCAAUUCCAAAAAUGUUUCUAGCAUUUAUAUUCUCUAUGUCUCAAAAUAAGGAAUGCACCCUAUGUGUGAACUUUUUAAGGAAGCAAGUUCUGUCUAAAUUUUAACAGUGUUGAAUUUUUCAGUUGUAAAUGCAAAAUGCUUGAACUAUGUUAUAUUUUCAAUGUUCAUUUCUGCAGCUCAUAAAAGAAAAUUAUUAACUAGAAAAAAAAGAAGAAAAAAACCUAUCACCACUUUUUAAUGAGAGGGGCCCACUGUGAAUCUACCUGACUUAACCAAUUUUAAAUCAAGUCUGACCUCGCUUUAAUGUGCGGUAUGACCAAGCAAGUAGCUUUGAGUAUAUUCGCAGCUAUGAAUGCAAACUCAGUGUCAGAAGCUUAGAUGUACUCAUUGCAGAGAUGUUUAACAUCCUAAUCUGUUCCUGGAGAACAAUGUCUUGUUUUAAUUCUCUUUAGUCUAAUUUUAAAAUGCUAUAAAUUUUCAAGAUUAUGCUAAAUAUGUUUAAAUGACUGUAAAUAAAAUGUAUUAACAAAUUGAAAUUGUACUCUACUCAAUGUUUUACAACCAUCGUGGUUUUUGUUUAAUUUAGCUUUUGGUAGUUGAUCUUCCUUUUUUUUAAAGUAUCAUUAGAUUGGAAACCCAGAUUUACUCUCAGAUUCUGAUGAUCUUUUAAAAGUCAAUUUUAUCAUUUGUACAAGUGUAGGAGAAUGCAUGAUUCGCUCAUAAGUGUUGAAAAAAAAUCUUUAGUCAUAAUGAGGAAAGGAAAUACUUAAAUUGUUUUAUUCAUGCCUCUAAUUCCUAAAAAUUCAGAUACAUGACUUCUUUUUUCCUUGGCACUCGAGAGAAAUUGUUAUACUUUCGUUCAUUUUAUUAUUCUUUUCUCGGUUUACUUUGUUUUAAUAAUAGUAGCCAUAACAAAAGAUUCACAUCCAAAAUCCCAAUCGUGUAGCCACUCUAAUUAUACUUCUAAAAAACGAAUAAAUAAUAAUAUACAUUAAUUCAAAAUAAAAUCACCAAAACAAACUAUCCUCUCUCCUCAAAUUAAUUUUUCAGUGAAAUAAUUUAUUUUCUAAGUAUUAUUUGAGUGCGAUCGGUUGUUGAAAAGAGUCAAUUGAGGAUUCAGUGUAGUAUUCGUAUAUCUUUAUUCAUCAUUGUGGUGUCUGUUAAUGUGUCUCUUUGGAUAAAGUGUAACCACUGAUAGUCAAAAAAAAUAUUUCUCUUACGAUUUUUAACAAGAAGUCAUGUCAAUGCUGUUCUGGAACUAAAUAUGACUCGGUCAGGUGUACAAUUUUUUAAGAGCUUGAUGAUUUUUUUAAAGAGCUGAAGCCUAAGAUUUUGUCGGCUGUUGCAUGUAUAGGCAUUUGUUGCAAAUAUUUCAACAAUUGAUUAUUUCUCUACAAAACCCAGUUAACCGUCAAUGAUGGAAACUUCAAGUGAAGAAUAAAAUUGUCUUUGUUGUUUUGAAAUACAACCCCUACGUGGGUGCAGCCGGCAAAUCUUCUUCUACCCUGUAUAUAAAAUUUUCCGAAACUCAUUUCUCCUUAAUAAUGCGUAAAAUAUUUUAAAUCAAAUCCUUGAGUGUAAUAUAAUCUGUAUUCAUGCCAAGUAAACCAUUGUAUAUUUAUCCCCGCCUCCUCCUCAACUUUUUCUUCAACCGAAACAAAGCAUUAUGAAUCUUGACCUCAGUUUCUGAUUAGAAAUGCCUGUGCCUGAGGUAUGAACGCAGCUACAUUGGAAGUAUCCUCUGUUUCCUUAAAACUCAGGCUUUGCAUCAGCUUCAGAAUCAAUCCAGAAGAAAAUGUUCAAUCUCUUCCUUUAAUCUAGGCUCAAAAUAUGUUCGCCAUCAAGCUUUGUUUCUUACUGAGGGGAGGAGGUACUUUUAAAUAUUUAGAGAGUCGCGUCUUUCUCAUUCGGCGCAGCCAAAAAGUAUGUUUUGAAUGAUACCACUCCGAAAAUGUUUAUUUCAACCAGAAAACAGCUUCUUCUUUCUAAUCGUCUUAGUAAGUUUGUAAGUAUCCUAGCCUUAAGUAAAAGUUAUUUUUUCAUCUCUAAAAUAGUUGAAUAUUUUAGGGAUCAACAAGUUACAAGUUAAAAGAUGGUUUUUGCUUUGCAUAAGAUGUCCUAUAGCGGACCGAUCUAUACUCCACCAUCACAAAAGUAAGUCUUAAUUCUUAGAGCCUCUGCUCUUAUUUUAAAUGUUUAAAGGCAAAAAGAAUUUUAGAAUGGUUCAUUUUUUUAAAAGACUAGGUGAAAAUAGUUUAUAUUAUUUAUUCUGAAAGAGAAGACCUCUGUUGAUUGUUGAUAAUAAUAUCUGGAGAAUUCCAUGGCUUUGAGCCAAUUUUAUCGAAGUUAAGAAAAUUAUUUUCUUAAUGAAAAUUUAGAAGAAAUUUCAAGGCAUGCCCUUGCUCUUCAAUUUAUUUUUCAAAUCACUGUGGGCCUCGGUAAUUUUCUUUAUGAGCUGCAAAAGAACACCCAUCUCUUCGGAGAUUGAAAACUUAAAAUAAAAAAUGAAAAAAAAUGAUUGAAUCAUUUAAAUGAAAGAAAGUCUUUAAAUGGCUUAUCAGAUCAUGUCUAAUUAUAUUUAUAUCUCUAAAAUAUUUAUUGCUACUAGUUUUAAGGAAAAAUUCUUUCUGUAAUUUAAUUCAUUAUUUCCCUUUUUUUAUACAUUAGAAAUUUGCUGAAACUCAAAUAUAAAAUCCAUAAUAUUUGGCGUGUGUCCAUGUGUCGGUGAAAACUUUGGCCGUAUCAUAUCACGAUUAAUCAUUGUAUUCUCUUUUUCCUUAUGUUUUAUAUGUUAUAUGACUAUAAAAGUAGCUUUAAAUUUUGCUCCAUUUAAAUUGCUAUGAAAUCAAACAGAGAUAAUUUGAGUUCUCCGUUCUCUUAUUUUCAAUCUUAGACUUAACAGGAGAAUCUUUCAACUUGGGGUCAUAUUAUUGUCAAUUUUUUUUUUUUUUUGGUAAAAGUUGACCAUUGAUUGGUUUGCAGGAAGUGAAAUAUUUUUUUUUUUUCCGCGUGGGUGUCGGUGUACAUCUAAUGGAAUUAGCAUAUUUCUUUCACUACGGCUAAAAUACUUUUGGUUCUCUUAACAACAGUGUGAAAGAGGGUUUAAUAUAUUAGUAAGCUCCAGCAAUUUCCUCCUUUCUUUGAUGUUCAUCAAUGGUUUCCUUCCAUGGCUGAUUUGAGAAUGAUCGAUCUUGUACCCACCAUUUUCUUCCUCUACAUCGACCAAGUAGCACUUAUUAUUGGUUUUGUUUACUUUUAAUACUUAAAUGAAGUCAAUUUUCAGAAUCUGUACUUGGAUCUCAACAAAGUUAUGCAUUGUGUAAGUGCCAUAAACUAGAAAAAGGUUUGAGUUAACCAAACUACGAAUGUAGCUCUGAAGGUACAGUGAUUUCUUAUGCUUCACUGUGUUUCUUCAAAAUUUUAAGCUUUAUACUUUUUCGAAAAUGCUGAAGGAGAAUUAGUAGUUAUUGCUUUAACUGAAUUUUUUUUUUUUUUUUUUUUUGAAUUAGUCUUUGAAGUGAUACAGCUACAUUGAAUCUGAUAAGAAAAUCAAAAUCAUUAUUCGGUAAGGAACGUUGAAGUAAUGAAAGACCUUAUUUCACUCUGCAGCUAAUCAUGCAACGGUUUCUAAUCAACAAAUAGAUUAAAGUAAAUUAGUAGUACACAGUAAUCAUUCUGGAAACUACACAAGAAGUACAAAUUUUUCUGCGGAAAGAUAGAAAGGAGAAACAAAAAAUGUAGAAUGCUCCUAAUAUAAAUUAAACUAAUCAGUUAUAAAGUUUGACAAGACUUGGGUCAUGAUUCAAAGUCUAACAUUAUGGAAACUUCAUCAAGGUACAGUACAUGGAUGCUGCAGUUGGAGCGGAGAACUCUCAAAGCUUGAGCCUUGCAUCUGGCUGUGCGGUGUGCACCCUAAAAUGAAGAGACUGAGCAAUCAAACUGUGACCAUGCGCAUGAAAUUCUAUGAGUCUCAAUGAGCGUUGAAUCAUUGAGUCAAGGAUCAAGCAUCCUGAGUUAUGAACUUCAACUGUCACUUUCAUGAUACUGUACGUCUAAAGUACCUCUAGAUACCGAGAUAUUUCGUUACAGAUCUUGCAGAAAACUUGAGGAUCAAAUCUGUAUCUUGUUUCAUCAGCCAAAUUUAUUGUUUGAAUCAGUUUAUUCUUAGCCCCUUCUAGAAAUUAAACAUUUGUCGGAUAGAGCUAAUGCUACAUGUCUCCUUUUUCCAUCCAAAUUAUCUCUGUUUUUUCUCUGCUGUCUGAAAACAAGAACUUUGUACACCUGUGUUAUCUUAAAUGGUCGUCGUUAUCUAAAUUUUAUUUUGCCUUUUACUUUAAAGAGAAUCCAUUUUUGUGUAAUUCAUCAUAAAAAACUUUUGCUGUUACUAUUUUGCUAAAGUUGUUCAACAGCAAGAACAAAGGGUGCCCUCAAAUGAUUCAUUGGGGUUGUAAUUCAAAAUUGAAGUAACCUAUUAAGUCAAUAUUGGUCUCAUUUGAAAGAGGAUGUUAAAUGAAAUCGAUUGAGACCAAUAUCAACCUAUUUUUAAGAAAAAAGAAAAUUAAGCGAAGUUGUGGCGGCUUGAAUGAAGUAAGUAUGGCAACCACCUACGACUUUUUUGUGUGAACAAUCUGCUCUUACCAAAGUGUGCUGAUUAGAGUUGUUAGAUGCUUUUUGGCUUAGAAACACUGCUGGGCAACAUCUUAAAACAUCUUAAACAUCAACAUCUCUGCUGCGCCUCUUUUUUUUUCCUUAUGCUUGUCAUAAAUAACUUUCCAUUGUCGCUGAUGCCUUUUUUGCAUUUUUUUUUUUCUAAACUUUUCUGUUCUUUUAUCAGAUAAGUUAUUCUUGUCUUCAUCCAUUUUUUAAAAACAAAAUAUGCCAAAAAGCAUUAAAUAUAAACCAAAAGCUACUAAAGACCCGGACGCAUACAGAACAACACGCGCAGUAGGAACUUUGCAACCAUUCACAUAUUAUCAACUCAUCCACAGAUUUUUGCUUCAUUUCUACGCAUACAUUUCAAGUCACGUUAGAUGUUGCCAAGUGGUACUUGUCAGCAAUAGAGCAUCUAAAAAGUCUCCUCAGAACGUUUCAUCAAGAGUAAAUUAUCAUUAAAGAAAAUGAUAGGCCAUUGUCAUAUGUCUCACAUAGAAACUUCUUCCCAUGAGCCAAUUUAUGUUCAGAUAAGUUGAUCAUGGUCUAAAUUAUCGUCCUCUUUCAAAUAGAACCAAAAUUAAUAAGUUAUGUUCUUGGUUUAUGAAUCAUAGCACCAGUUUUGACAAAUUUGGGACACCCUGUGUCUAUUCACUACACUCUCUCUUCCAUGUUUAGGUCCUGACUAGCUUGAGCCGAAAAAUCUCCCUUCACUCUUUGAUUAUUUAGAAUCAAACUGGAAUUCAAAAGCCCACAAGGUAGCUCUCUCUGAUACAAUCCUGGAAUUGGGGUUCCUCUUUCAAUUAUAUUUCAUUGUUUUUAUUUAAAGCACACAACUGUUCUUUGACAACAGAGUAAAAUUUACUGAAAUGACUGAUAGGAGAUGAAGGGUUCGUGAAUUCUACAGUACAAAUUUGAAGGCAGCAACUGUACAAAAUCGGAGGAAAAAAUAAUGAACUUUAUAGAUUUCUGGAAUAUUUUGGUUUUUGACUUGAGAUAACUGAGGUUAUCCUUUACAAGUUGUAGGUACAUCAUCUCAUUUCUCUCUCUUUGCCAUUAAAAAAAAGAAGUCUUUUUCAGUUGCUGAUCAUGAAAUCUCUCCGAAGCUGAAAUGCUCAGCUUCUCGGCCUAAGCAUGUGAAAGUCCUGUAGAACAUAAACCAUUAAAGAAUAAAGCAGUAGUUUCUCCUCCUCUCAAGGUUCGGAAUAAUUUAAAAAUAGUUUUAAAUAUUAUUUACAUGUCCUUGCUCUUUGCUUUUCAUCGGAUUAAUUUAGCUAUCAAUAGGUUUUUGAUUGAAUGAAAUUGAGUUGGUUGUCAAGUGAAAAUUCAAUAUUUUUGAUCGGAAAAUAGUAAUUUCAGCAUUAUGUUUUAACUUCCCUGCAUCAGUGUAGGUCAACUUAUUCCGAAGAUAAAUCCCUGGAUAAUAAAGUAGCAAUUUUUAUUUUUAUUUCUGUUCGGCUUUUAAUUAUGUUUUGAAAUAACGCAGAGCAUGAGGCUCAAUAUUUCCAAGAGAUCAGGUCUCAAACGAAAUUUAUAGAAUCUGCUUCAAAAUCUGAGCAGGAUAGUUGGUAAUGAACAGCUUCUGAUUAACUAUCCAGAUAUUGCCCUGAAACUGAUUGCUAAUAUGUCCUGUAUCAGCAAUAAAUUCUAUGAAACAUUAUUUUUCUAAAGAAGAAAGAAUUCCUACUAUCCUGAAUGCCUCCAAUAAGCCCCUGUAUUUUUUAUGUACUUUGUUUUUCUCUUUUUGUCACAGAAGUAUUUUAAUCAAAAAUAUUGAGUGUAGCAGAUCCUUGAAAUUCAUGCAUUUACUUAUUUACUAUUCACUCUAUCAAUUUGUAUAUCUACCCUUUUGUGUGUCUACAUACCUUUAAGAAAGAUCAGUCGAAAAGAUCUAGAUAACGCUUCCACUUUGACGUACUCAUUAUCACUUUUCCUUUAAGUUUUAAUUUUCACCGGUUUCAUUGUUUUCUCCUUUCUCUCUUGAAUCUGUUCCAGUGUGAGCUUUACCUCCCUGUAUUCCCUUUGAACCAAUUUUACUGACGAGAAGAUGCUUUUUGGGUCUCUAGUCUGCUGUUUUAUUUCUGAUACUGAAAUAGAUGUAUCAUGUCAUUUGAAUUUUUACAGACUUUCAACUUUUCGGCCAUUCCUCCUUCUCUCUUUUUUAAGUAGCCCUCAGAAGAAAGGAGCUCUAGUCCCUAAUCGCUUUAGGAAGAAAAAUCUAUAAUCUCUUCCUCUUGAUUUUUACUAAAAAUUGCUGUUGCCCACAAUAAUUUUUCUAAAAAGCUUCAUGUUUACUCGUAACUUAUAUUUUAUGAUUAACUUAAAGAGGAUCUUACUACUCCCGUAGCUAUUCAAAUUUCAUUUUUCUGAAGAUUUGAAUUAUUUACUCACUAAUAUUUUAAAAAGAGAUGUGAAGAGCGAUUCAAAAUUCCCGUUUCAUUUAAGUCUCCCACUUCACUUAUUGUUUUCUUUAAGUUGAUACUUUUAACUUGUGUCCGUACAUGUUGGUUUUUUUUUUUUUUUUUACAAGUGAGAUAAACAGUAAUAUCAAAUCCUUCUCCAUGAAAGUGAAAAAUUACAUUUGAGCGUUAAAUAAGCUUCAUAUAAUCUCUUCACCGUUCAAUGUCCUGAAAGCUUGUUCCAAAAAUGUCUAGAAAAAUUAUUAACUUCAAUUCGGUUUUUGAAGUGUACGCGCUUUCAUUUAAGUAUAAAUCUAUAGAGUACAGAUGUCAUCAGUUUCCAUAACAAAAUUGAAUAUUUUUCCAGGUUCUUUAAAGUGAAUUCAAUGAUUGGCGGUGCAUGAUGCCCAUACAUUUUUUUUUUUUUCAAAAAAAGCGAAAGUAUUUGAGCUCUUUUUUUCUGUAACUCCCCACCUUUUUCUUGUGCUUUCCCAUUUUCUUCGUCAAUUUUUAUUUUAAAUCAUCUUUUAUUUUCCUCUCAAUAUUUUUUGUAUCCCUAUUUUAAGAAAUCGCUAAGUGUUUAAAAUUAAGUAUUUGUUUAAGAUGAAAAAAGAAAAAAGAUUUGGUGGUUUAAAUCAAUUGUUAAAUAAGUCAUUGCUGAGUCAAGGAUUCUUGAUCUGAAAGUAGAAUCCAUUCUCUGUUAUUACAGAUUGUUGUGUAACUAGAUUGUGUAGGUCAGUUAAUUAUCUGGUUGGCAUUUCACAGAAAAGAAUCAUUAAGGUGGAAAGUCUUCACAUAUGAUUCUCUUUUGUCUCUUGCCACAUAAUACUCCUCAUCAGUUCUUAAAACAAUAUCUUUAAUUCAUAAUUUAUGUUUCUUUAUUUUUUCCUGUCGAAUUUUUUUGAAUCUUCUUGAUCACAACUUUUUGACAGGCUCAAAACAUUUUAGAUUUCAUUCAAAAUUUUCACUUGUACCUCAUUUAAGUUUAGUUAAUUGUUCUUUGUUCUGUUAAAGCAAUAAUGUUGAACCUGUUUUAAGUCCUUGAGUGAAUUUGAGGCAUUAACUCCCAAGAUCAGUUGUAUUGCCUGUAAAAUUGCUGAAUAAGGUAUCUAAGAAUUUUCGAAGAUGAAACCGUUGGACAAUAACUUCUUGAUCAAGAUUCAUUUAAUUAUCUAAUUGUUCCACUUCAUUAACAACUCAAGAAAUUACUCUUACAAGCACAUCCCACAUAAGGUGUCAAGAUGUCAAGAAUCUGUUGGGAUUAUGUCCACUUUGCAUUCAUCAUUUGCAAUGGUUAGAGAAAAAGCUUUUAAACAUUUUAAUCAUCUUCUUUUUUGAGUUGUUGUUUGCUUGGCACCAUGCAGCUAACAAUGGAUUAAGGACAUUUAUUAUUAAUUAGAAACAGCCUGAAAAGAACUUUUCCCUCAAGUUCUAGAAUACCCCAUGUCCAUCCUAAAUUCAGCCAGACAGGCUGACGAACAAAGCAAUCGAUUUUCGGCGGAGAUCCUUUGAAUGUGAAAUGCAAUUUACUAGGUGUCUAUUAAAUGUUUUGUCAGUCAAGUUUGCAGUUGUGAACUCUUGGUCAUCUUCGAGGUCAAUUGUUUUUCAUCUUCUUUGCUUCGUACCAAUGUAGCAGAGACACCAGUAUUUGCAGGAAACGCACUGAUAAAAAAUUCAGACUAAUCACAAGUAAACAACUGUCAACUUACCUGAUCGCACCUGUAGUAAGGAGCAUGUUAUGUUGCUUUACAAAGCAAUGAUUGUUAAAUCUCAGUUCCUCAAGAGAAAAUAGGCUGUUCUUUCUAGAUUUCCGGUCAUGCAGCUCUGCAAAACUUGUAUAAUUUCAAUUCUCAACCACAUGUUACUGAAUUCUCUCACACAUUAAAAAUGAGGAGUAAACAGGUCAAGCAUUUAUGAGUAAGGUGUAUUUUUAUUUGUUCCAGAGUUUUUGUUGGCUAUAGUUUGUUGAUAAAUAAAAUUUGAACUUUGCCAAAUCGAA